AUGAAGUUUUUCGGUGCUAUAAGCCCGUUUAUAGCACUGAUGUUUCUUUCCCGUCUGCUGGAGGAAAAAUGUCAACCUUUGGCCUUCCUUCAUGUCCAAGCUUUCAAGUCUGGGCAUAUUCACAGAAAGGUUAACACUAUUCACGCCAGUUUCUCCAACUUUAGUUCCUCUAGCCAGCCUAGAGACGGACAGUGUCCGAUAAAGAGUGGAACACCGACUGUAACUUCAAGAUUCUUGGCUGAUUGCGUGGAUAGAGGUCUUAUAUUCCAAGCUACAGACAUGUCAAAGCUUGAUGAUCUUUUAUGUGAAUCAGCCAAGGGAAUUUUCUGUCAAGAUUCAACGUAUCCAGCGGUAUACUACGGAAUCGACUGCACAAAUAACUUUAUACACGAAGGUACACUCUUACAGCUCCUACUUUUGAGGAAAUUCCUAUCGCAAAAACUCAAUCUUGUCAUUGUUAUCGGUGGAGGUACUACAGUCGUAGGUGAUCCAUCCUACAAACAGAGAAAAAAUAGAAUAAAAAAGGAUGGUAAUGUACAAGUUACUAAAAGUACUAUACUAGAUAAGCCAUGGAAUGACUCAAUAGUGGAAGAAGGUAAUGAAAAGGCAAUACUAGGUGCUAUUUAUAAGAUUCUCUCACCUCCACUCACUGUGGAUGGAAAAGAAGUAUAUCCUAACAUUAUAAAUACUUCCGAGAAUGAUGCCAACAUUUCUAACAGGAUAAAGAGUCCAUACAAUGUCAUUAUAAUUAACAAUAGAAAACUAUAUGAAAACGUUAGUCUGAUGGAGUAUUUGGAAAUUGUUGCUAAAAAUAUGAAUUUAGGAAGAAUGCUUUCACGAGAUUCCAUUAAACUACGUAUAAACAAUGAAAGCGAUAAGGUUGAACGUAAAAGACCAUUUUCAGGAAUAAAUAUGGAUUUGUCUGAAUUAAUGUACAUGUCCUUGCAAGCUAUGGAUUUUAUUUACGUUGCCUCGAAAUUCAAUGUAAAGGUACAACUUGGAGGUAGCGAUCAAAUGGGUAAUAUAGUAUCUGGAUUAGAAUUAGCUGAUGCCCUCGGGAUGAAGGACCUUGUAGGAGUUACAACUCCACUUUUGCAAGAUAAGCAUGGGGAAAAAAUAAGCAAAUCGAAUGCAAACUGUCUGUUGAAAAUUACCAGAGAUACAGUACCAUCAGUCUUAUGGACACACUUUAGAAAUAUAGACGAUGACUUAGUAUUGAGCUAUUUAAAGUGGCUUACGGAUGUAUCCAUGGAAAAAAUUGAGGACAGUAUAAAUGAACAUAUAAACACUGCUAAAAUAUUAUUGGCUGAUGAACUCUCUGCAAAACUAUAUGGGAAGGAAUCUGUCGAUGCAAUACAUAAGUAUGGUUUAUCAAAAGAUUUUCAAUCAUUACAACCAUAUCUUGAUGGAAAAAUGAAUGUCCCUAUCGGAGAGUAUAAUUUGUUCGCUUCAUUUUCGCAGUCUGUUCCGCAUACAAGAGUUAGUGAGGAGAAGUUAAAAGAGGGAAUUGAGUUUCAUGAACUCUUGGACAGUGUGAGGAUUCCAUUUCUGGCUACUGGAAUAUUCUAUACCAAUAAGCAAUCAAUAAGAGAUGGAAUAUGCAAAAUUAAUGGUAGAUUAGAGACAAACAUAAAGCAUAAAGUUACAUGUGAAGAUAUAAAGAGUAUAAAAUCGCAAGAUGGACAUGUAUUAAACUAUAUAGUUUUACAAGUUGGAAAACGCCAAAUUUAUUUUGUUUUAAUUGACAAGUAG